AUGACGUGGAUGGCUACCUGCGACCGGGGUAUGGCGGCCCUGUCGCCAAGUAAGGCCAUGUACCACUCGGACAUGCUCGUGCGCGGUUUCCUGCGCCACCUCCUGCACGGCAAAAUCCAGGUCGUCCUGGCCGGCAGCGCGGGUACCGCGAUAUUGUUGAACAAGCUCGAUGCACAGCGCGAGUGGGCUCCGAACGACAUCGAUUUCUUCGUCGCAGAGGAGAAGCACAUCGACUACGUCGCCAUGGCCUACAUUUCUGGUGUGCUGAGCCCGCUCGGGGCCGCCAGAGCCUGCACCAAGGUCAGGUGCACCGCCAGGCUCGGCUUGGCCAUCAUUGGCCUUCCUCUUCUUCAGCAGACGCUCACGGACCUGAUCCUGGAUAUUCGUCUUCUUCUCAAGCCAAGUCUGCACGUCCGAGCCCUUCGACUCAACCUGCUGCUUGACUUCACGGAGCUUGGCCUCAACCUCGCGCAGUUCCUGUAUCUCCUUCUCGGUGAUGCCCUCGAUCUGCUCGAGGCCUGCACCUUCGAGGCGGCGGCGUCGCCUGCG